AUGUGUUGCAGGAUGCUCACCAGGACCCCAAGUGUUGUUGCCCAAGUGUUCCUUCUUCUAAGCAUAGUUCUUGUCAUUGCUAUUGCAGUGAUACAGAUAAAUCAGCAACAGGUCCUCUCCCCAGGGCUUAAGUAUGGAAUAGUCCUUGAUGCUGGAUCCUCUCGGACUACAGUCUACAUCUAUGAAUGGCCAGCAGAAAAGGAAAAUGACACGGGAGUAGUAAGCCAAACCUUCAAGUGCAAUGUGAAAGGCCCUGGUAUAUCCAGCUAUGAGAGUAAUCCAGGAGCUCUUGCCAAACCCUUUGAUGACUGUCUGAAUAAAGUCAAGGAGAGAAUACCAGUUCAUCUGCAUAAAACCACUUCUGUUUAUCUGGGGGCUACAGCUGGCAUGAGACUACUGAGGUUGCAAAAUGAAACGGCAGCCAAUGAAGUCCUUGCAAGCGUUCAAAACUACUUCAGAGCACAACCUUUUGAAUUUAGGGGUGCGCAAAUCAUAACUGGGCCAGAGGAAGGGGUGUAUGGAUGGAUAACAGCCAACUAUUUAAUGGGCAAUUUCUUAGAGAGAAACCUUUGGAGGACAUGGGUCCAUCCUUACAGAAAGGAGACUAUGGGUGCACUGGAUCUUGGAGGAGCUUCCACUCAAAUAUCAUUUAUCCCAGAGGACUCUCAGGAGAACUUUAAUAGCACCUUGCAAGUGAAGUUGUAUGGUUACAACUACAAUGUCUACACUCACAGCUUCCAGUGCUAUGGGAGAGAUGAAGCUGAGAAAAGGCUUUUAGCAUUGCUGCUCCAGAAAUCAAACACCAGUUCCAAUGUGGAUAAUCCAUGUUACCCUCAGAAUUAUAAUACUGCAUUAACGAUGAAGUACUUCUCUGGCAGCCUUUGUACGCAGUCUCUGAGACCAGCAAAUUACUACCCAAACCAGCUUGUGAACUUCCGUGGAACAGGAGACCCAGGUCUGUGCCAGGAGAUGGUUUCUUUAUUGUUUAACUUCACUGCUUGCAGAGACAGAGAAGACUGUCCAUUUAAUGGAAUACAUCAGCCAAAAGUUAAAGGGAAUUUUGUGGCUUUCUCAGGAUUCUACUAUACAAUUAAUGCUUUGAAUUUAUCUGGGCACUUUUCCCUAGCUGACUUCAAUUCAAGUAUGUGGUCUUUCUGUUCACAGAGCUGGGCGCAGCUCCAGUUUAUGCUGCCUAAAUUUGAAGAAAUAUAUGCUAGAUCCUACUGUUUUUCAGCCAAUUUCAUUUAUUACUUGCUUGCACGUGGUUACAACUUCGAUGCAGAAACUUGGCCACAGAUACGUUUUCAAAAGGAGGUUGGUAACAGCAGUAUAGCAUGGUCACUCGGUUACAUGUUAAGCCUCACGAAUAUGAUUCCAGCAGAAGGCAAGCUGAUCCAGUUACCUCUGAAACCUUCUUUGUUUGCUGGGCUCCUCGUCUUUCUCACAGCUACGGCAUUGUUGUGUCUUCUCUUCCUUGUUUACUUGUGUAUUGUAUCACGUAAUCGGAAGAACAUCAGUCGUGUUGAACACAUAUUUAUUCCAGAAUGA